CUUCAGACACAGGGUCGCUUUUCCCACGACCAGGACGAGCCAGAUGAUGCCCAUCACCACCAUCACAAACGCCUCAACCACCGGGCUGUUGCAACAACAACAGCAACAAGAAACACAGAAUAAAAACAAAAAUAAAAACAUGAGCACGGCGGGUAGGACGACGGGCGUCGACUACCUACUACACGUGACGACCACAACAACAACAACAACGACGUUGAUGAUAUGCACGGGGCGCCUAUCGCUCGCCGCCGCACUGCUCGCACCACAGACCGAGAGACCCGACGCAGAGACGACAACCUUUCUUGAUACCCCUCCCCCUCUCUCGAUUGGGCAUAUGCUGCGAACUUGCGCAUCGCGCGUACCUGUCCGUUCCCAGCCUGCCUGCCUGCCUGUCUGUCUGCGCUUUGCACUCUGCUGCUCUGGCAGCACCUCGCUCUCUUCGUUCCAACUGUUCUCGUGUCAUCCUCUACAGAGCCUCCAGACCCCUACAACCCUGCCACACUCUACAGUCCUCUCCCUCCCUCCACGAGAUCGACGGCGAGUUGUCGCAUGCUUUAUUGUCCGUCACUCCAGAACAGAUGUCGGCCGCAAAUAGUAACGCCCUCUUCCUUGCUGCAAGCCGUCCGACCCAGCCGGGCGGUGUCGACUUUGUCGUAGCAUGUCUGGGGAGUGGUCGUUUGUUUUCGAGUCAAGCUGCGCAUCCCAAACACCCUUCGGCCAGGUCGUGCCCAUCCUAUGCCAUGCCCCUCCCUAUAUUCUAUGCGGCGCGCCACGCUACCUCAGAAGAAGGAAUGGAGGCUCCUCUUCACCAGUCAUGAUGAACCAGACCCACUGGCCAUGUGCCGUGGCCGAAACCA